AUGUCUUCGCUAGUUAAGCCGCCGGCUGAGAAGAUCGCAACUCCUCCUCCAACAAAUCCUAAAAAGAAGCCGUUCUCUUCACCAAACGAAAUGGUCACUUUUAUCGUUGGCACAGGCGACAAACAAGAGACCUUUCAGAUCCACAAACAAAUCGCAUGCGAACAUUCGGAAGUCUGGAAUCGUGCUUUCAAUAGCGUAUUUGUCGAGGGACAAACGCAGACUUAUCGUAUUGAAGACACUGUCCCUGAGGUAUUUCGAUUAUUGACGCAAUGGGUUUACCGAGAGGAGUUCGACCAUGUUCAUUCAGGAGAGUUGAAUGCCGCCCACAAAGAUUUCGAUUCAAUAAUCCAAGAUUGUAGAUACGUCUAUGAUAAUACUGCUGAGGGCAGUGUUCUUCGACGCUUUGUGAUUGAGCACAGUUGCUGGGGGAAGACCUCUAGCUUUCGUGACAAAGAUUUGUUUUCUUACCCGGUGGAGGCGUUGGGAGACAUAAUCCUGGCCUUAGAAAGACAAUUACCUGAGAAUUUUAGGGCAAAGAAAUGUACUCAGAUGAUUGGGGAGAACUAUCUGGUUGAGGAGGAUUCAACUACCGAAUCUUGA